AGAGGGGGCGGCGGAGGCGCUGAGACGAGAGCCACGGUCUCCCGAAAUGAAGUCACGGGCGAUGGGCGUCCCACUGCUUCUGCUGGUGGUGCUCGGAUCUGCGGAGUCGGCGUUCAGGGCUCAUCGCCGGUACACCCCGGACUGGCCGAGUGUGGACUCCCGACCGCUGCCGGACUGGUUCGACAAGGCCAAGUUCGGGGUGUUUGUGCACUGGGGCGUGUUCUCGGUGCCGGCCUGGGGCAGCGAGUGGUUCUGGUGGCACUGGAAGGGCCAGGGGUCGCCGGACUACAUGCGCUUCAUGAGCGACAACUACCCACCCGGCUUCAGCUACGCCGACUUCGGGCCGCAGUUCACUGCUCACUUCUUCGACCCUGAAAACUGGGCCGACCUUUUCCAGGCCUCCGGGGCCAAGUAUGUAGUCCUGACAGCCAAGCAUCAUGAAGGUUUCACUAACUGGCCAAGUCCUGUGUCUUGGAACUGGAACUCGAAGGAUGUGGGGCCCCAUCGUGAUUUGGUUGGUGAGUUGGGAACAGCCAUCAGGAAGAGGAACAUACGGUAUGGGCUUUAUCACUCACUCUUCGAAUGGUUCCAUCCACUCUACCUACUUGAUAAGAAAAAUGGCUUCAAAACACAGCAUUUUGUCGCUGCAAAAACAAUGCCAGAGCUGUACGACCUUGUUAACAGAUACAAACCUGACUUGAUUUGGUCUGAUGGAGACUGGGAAAGUCCCGAUACUUACUGGAACUCGACAGAUUUUCUUUCUUGGCUCUACAAUGAUAGCCCGGUCAAGGAUGAGGUGGUAGUCAAUGACCGAUGGGGCGUGAACUGUUCCUGCCAACAUGGAGGAUACUACAACUGCGAAGAUAGAUUCCAGCCUUCGCGCUUGCCAGACCAUAAGUGGGAAAUGUGCACCACGGUCGACAGGCAGUCCUGGGGCUACCGUCGCAACAUGAUGAUGGCAGACGUUGCAGACGAAGCCGAAAUCAUUGCGGAACUGGUUCAGACAGUAAGUUUGGGAGGAAACUAUCUUCUCAACAUCGGGCCAACCAAAGAUGGACUGAUUGCUCCCAUCUUCCAAGAAAGGCUGCUUGCUGUUGGGAAGUGGCUGAACAUCAGUGGGGAAGCAGUCUAUGCCUCUAAACCAUGGAGGGUACAAUCUGAAAAGAACGCAUCUGUAUGGUAUACCUCAAAAGGAUCAGUUGUUUAUGCCAUUUUCCUGCACUGGCCAGAAAAUGGAGUCUUAAACCUUCAAUCUCCCAAAACUACCUCCUCUGCACAGAUAACAAUGCUGGGAAUCCAGAAAGAUCUGAAGUGGUCCACAAAUCCACAAGAGGGUCUCCUCAUUUAUCUGCCCCCGUCACCACCCUCUGCUCUCCCAGUGGAGUUUGCUUGGACCAUAAAGAUGACAGGAGUAGAGUGAUCAUUGGCGUUCAAGAGGAAAGAGACACUGGCUGCUAUGUGCUGCUUUCGUUUUCUUCUUACGGUACCAUCAUUGUAAUAAACUCCUCUUUCCUACCCAGAGAUGGCUUUUCCAACACAUUUUAAUCAGAAGAACUGAGUACAUUACUCUGAUGUCUCAGUGGAUCAGAGAUCUAAGAUCCGUUGCUAGCAUAUCUCUCUCUGAUCGGGAAAAGAAGGGACUGAACAGUUAAGUUCUGAUAGUUCAUCCAUUCCUAACUAUGGGAAUUAUCUAUACUGGAACCUUCCCUCCAUUCCCUAUAUUUGAUAACCUGCUGAAUGACUUCAGAUAAAGAGUAAGCCAAGUCUCCUUGUUGCCUAUGGGAGGAGGUGUAAAGGGUUUGGCUAGCUCAACCACAUGCUGUUUAUUUAGCAUCAGUUGUCACCAACACCCCCCAAAGAGCAGGAGAGCCUAGAGGGGAAAGAAAAGGCUUACGAGGCUGCUAAUAGCUCUUCAGAAGUUUCCAAAGCAAACUAAAUUCAGUCUGUGUAUAGUGAUACUGUGAAGAAAAUGGAUACAAUUCUGCCUUGCUUUUUAAAAUACAGUCAAAUAAAUAAAUUUGUAUGUCAAAUCAUUUCUACCAAGAA